CUUAAAGACAAUAAGAAACGAGGUGCUAGUGGUCGGCUCCAUCGAACCGAGACUGGGGAUUGGGUGUGGUCUUCUGGUGAAGAGAGUUACGAUGAGGAUUCUGCCAGUGUUGAGUCCGAAGAACAGGUCAAUCAACAAGAUAUAUUGGUUAACCAGUCUCAAGACAUUCAUCUUCCCAGUCCUCAUGAACAAGCAUCUGAUUCCUCUCAAACACAAAUCCAGCAGUCAGUUUUCCCUGCACAACAGCAGGUGAACAUGCAUCAAUCUCAGAAUGAAGCAGUUUCUUUAGAAAAGCCUCCUCAGUUAAUGAUGCCUUCAAAACCUGAAGCUACCCAAGCUUUCCCAUCUUAUAAUCAAGGCCAACCAAUGGCCCAACAAACAGCCAGGCUUCCAUCACAGGAGCAGGAAAUUCAACUAGCCCCUAACCAGACCUGUGUAGUCUCCCCGGUACAGAACCACUCCGAAGGAUUGACCACACCGAGCUUAGCUCCCCAGCCAGCAUCAGAAGAGGUUUCCACUAUUAAUCUUGUCCUCAGGAUAAGGAAUUACCGCGGAGAAUUGAAUGACAUUAGAUUUGAUUUUACUCCUAAUACAGAUACAGCUGAUGGGAUAGCUGAAGAACUUGUCGGUGCUGGUCUAGUAGAUAGAAAGGAUGUUGUGGUUGUUGCAGCCAACAUACAAAAACUUAUCGAUCAGCCAGGAUUGAGAUUAGCAACCUUUGCAUUAAACCUAGGUAACAACCAGACAGAAACACCUGAUGACAAAGCUUUGGUUGGAUUUGCCCAACUAACUAUUACCGACUAACCAUUUUCUUUUUUUAUAAUGCAACCACUUUGAUUUAGUUCUAGCAAGUACAGUGAAGAAAAAGGAUAACUGAUAGGGAAAGUUGGCUUGUUAAUAGCAGUUGGGGAUAAUUUUAAAUUUUCUUUGUACAAAGAAAGAAAAAACAUGUAUAAAAGGAACAAUGUAAAAUAAGUUGUUAUUAUAAAGAUGAUGGACUUACCAGGUGAUUUAAUGUAAAAUUCUGGAAAUAAAGGUUAGCUGAUAAAAUAAACUUCCCAAAAGUGCC